AUGAAGAAGGAACGUGCAUGGCCGCAAUUUAUAAGGAAUCUUUUGAUCAUGGUUGGAUCAAGAAGCCGGCCACAGUUGAGGAGGCCUACAUGGAUUAUUGUUCUGGUUUCCAUCGUGUGUGUGUUUCUCAUUGCUGCCUACGUGUAUCCGCCGCGGAGCCCCUCCUCCUGCUCCCUCUUCUCCUCCAGUGGUUGUGGUGGCAAUUCUUUCGAUCUACCACCUGCGGCUCGAUCACGCGAAUUGACUGAUGCGGAGGUUGAGUCUCGUGUUGUUAUUAGCGAGAUUCUCAACUAUUAUCCAGUGAUAACCAAGAAACCUAAAGUCGCUUUUUUGUUUUUGACUCCGGGUUCCUUGCCUUUCGAGAAGCUCUGGCACAUGUUCUUUCAGGGCCAUGAGGGAAAAUUCACUAUUUAUGUACAUGCAUCAAAGGAUAAGCCAAUACAUGUUAGCCCCUAUUUUGUUGGCCGAGACAUUCACAGUGAACCGGUAGGCUGGGGAAAAAUUUCUAUGGUUGAGGCAGAAAGGAGACUUUUGGCAAAUGCACUUUUGGACCCUGAUAACCAACACUUUGUCUUGUUGUCUGAAAGUUGUAUACCAGUGCGUCGCUUUGAUUUUGUGUACAACUACUUAUUAUUAACAAAUGUCAGCUUUAUUGACAGCUAUGUGGAUCCUGGUCCUCAUGGAAAUGGCAGGUAUAUACAAUAUAUGUUGCCUGAAGUAGAAAAGAAGGAUUUCCGAAAGGGUUCACAGUGGUUCUCAAUGAAACGGCAGCACGCAAUAAUAAUUAUGGCAGACAGUCUCUAUUUUACAAAAUUCAAGCAUCAUUGCAGGCCAAAUAUGGAGGGAAACCGCAACUGUUAUGCUGAUGAGCAUUACCUGCCAACGUUCUUUAAUAUGCUUGAUCCUGGUGGAAUCGCAAAUUGGUCAGUAACAUAUGUUGAUUGGUCUGAAGGAAAAUGGCAUCCGAGGUCAUUCAGAGCUCGGGAUAUUACUUAUCAAGUCAUGAAAAACAUAGCAUACAUUGACGAAAGUCCACAUUUUACAAGUGAUGCAAAGAGAACGGUGGUGGUUACACCUUGCGUGUUGAACGGCGCAAAACGAUCAUGUUAUCUAUUUGCCCGGAAGUUUUUCCCAGAAACUCAGGAAAGAUUAAUCCAACUCUACUCUAAUUCUACAAUAUUCUAA